AAGCUUGAUCGACCAUUUACAAGCAGCGUGUUUUGCACGUAUGAUCCGCAUGUUGGUUUGCUUCACGUGUUUGUUUUUGUAAUUCAGUUAACGUGACGACAAUCCUCUAACGUUAUGUUCAAAUUUGGAUUCAGCGUCGAUAACGCGAAGGAAGAAAAUGACAAGAUUGAAAGCAUAGGGACUGUGCUGGACUGGUUUCCUGCAGUGAAGAUAGAAGUAUCCCAUGAGCAGCUAUCCAAAAAGUGCUGUGAAGAUGACGACUUUAAGGAAUGCGAUUUAUUUUAUGACGUUAGGUUGAAGCUUAUUCAUUCUGACAAAGUGGUAAUAGAUCUGCAACAAGAAAAUUGUGAAAAUAUUGUUGAGGCUGAAUCGCAGCAUUCGGAUCUGAUACCAGCAAAAUAUGAAGGUGGAUUGAAAGUGUGGGAAUGCAGUUACGACCUGGGAAAGUACUUAAUAGGUGACAAAAUUCCAUUAGAAAAUAAAUCUGUUCUAGAUCUAGGAUGUGGCACAGGGAUUAUUGGUAUUCUAGCAUUAUUGAAUGGAGCCAGUGUUCAUUUUCAGGAUUAUAACACAGAAGUAAUAAAGUCCGUGACUAUCCCAAAUGUAAUUUUAAAUAUUAAUGAUCGGAAACACGUGCAAGAACGAUGCGCAUUUUUUUCCGGCGAUUGGGCCUCUUUUAUACAGUUGCGUGGGGAAUUAUAUAGAAACGAUUAUGAGAAGUAUGACUUAAUUUUAACCAGCGAAACGAUCUACAAUCCUGACAAUCAAAAGAAAUUGCAUAAUAUCUUCAAGACCCACUUGAAGAAAAAUGGUUCAGUUUACGUUGCUGGAAAAGUUUAUUACUUUGGAGUUGGAGGAGGAAUGAGGCAAUUCGAGGACCUCGUUCAAAAAGAGAAAAUAUUCGAAACCAAAACAGUGUGGAACAGUGAUGAAGGUGUACAACGCGAAAUAUUGAAGCUGACAUUCAGGACUUGAGAUUCAAAAAUGCCUGAGAUAAGAUUAUUGUCCAUUAUAGUUGAUUAAUUACCCACUAAUAUUCUUCAGGAUAUAUCGAGAACAUUUUCACUAUAAUAUAAAAUAACAAUGUUGACAAGAAAAUCCUUGACAAGAUUAAAGAAACUAAGAUCUUUCAGAAACAUAACCAGGAUUUACUUUUUUUGAAGGCAGACAAGGGCAACACGACCUUAUGUCGUGUUAUGAAUAAUCAAACCUAUGAGGAAAAAAUGUUACAUGAACUCUCUAACAACAACACCUACAAAGCUGUUAGAUUUGAUCUUACGUGUACCCUUCAAUAGGAAGUUAAAAAAAUAACGAUGGAUUGGUCCAAAAGUAGACACAUUUCUGAUCAACUUAGGCAAAUUUCAAAAACUUGUGUACCACCUAGAGCUUACGGGCUACCUAAAAUUCAUAAACCGGAUACACCGUUAAGAAUCAUAGUUUCUUUCACAGAUAGUCCCACCAUCAAUCUAGCUCGCUUCCUUAGUAAAUGGAUUGGCAAUAACAUUGUCCCUCCUGUGUCACGUGUCAAAGUCAGUUUUGCUUUUGUUAAAGCUAUCAAGAACUUUCUUCUUCCACCUGAUCAUGUGUUGGUUUCGCUAGAUGCAAUGUCAUUGUUUACCAAUGUUCCACAAAAUUUAGCAAUUAACGCGGUGAUGCAGUGUUGGCAUCAAUUUGUAGACAAGAUUCCUGUUCCACUCAACGAACUUAUAAACGCAUUGAAUAUUUGUUUUAAGGCUGCCACUUUUAAAUUUAAUAAUACCAACUACGCUCAAACCCAUGGUUUACCCAUGGGCUCGCCGCUCUCUCCAAUUUUGUCGGAUCUGGUUAUGGAUGAUCUUGAACAACAUUGGCUAAAAAAAACUGGACUUCGAGCCUCCUUUCUACUUCAGAUAUGUAGAUGACAUAAUCACAGCGGUCCCUUCUGAUGAAGUUGACGAAAUGCUAUCUAUUUUCAAUCAAUUCCAUCCGAGAUUACAAUUCACCUCUGAAAUAGAGUGUAAUCAUCGAAUUAACUUUUUGGAUGUUCUGAUCAUUAAUGAUAACCAGCUCAUCAAAACUGACUGGUUCCAUAAGGUCACCUGGUCACAAAGGUAUUAUACUUAAAUUUUCAUUCUCACCAUCCCAGAUCUUACAAAAUUGGAACUACACUCCGGACGUUCCACAUGUUCAAAAGUGUUCUAGUCUCAAAACCAAAAAAUUGUCGUUGUGUGUUUUUAUUCAAUUAUCAACCAAGAUGAAUGCUUGGGAGUUUCGCAUUGCAGUCGUUGUGUGUUUUUAAAAAUGAACGUUUUGAAUUUAUUCGAUUAUUCUAACGCGCAUUCAUUACUACUACUCGUUCGUUCUUUUUCUUCGUAAAUUGAAAGUGCCAGUUCAUCAUCAGGUAAUCCCUCUUAUUUAUAUUAGCACAAACAAUCCUGCUUAUCACAUAUAAUUUUGUGAUAACUAACUGUUGUACAUUAUAAAAAUUUUUACUGUUCAUGACAGAUGUUCUGAAAUAAAUUGUUCUGAGGGCCGCCAUCCGGGCUGAAACGUUAACACAAAAAUAAUGUUUUUUGUUUAUGACCUUUAUAUCCAAGAAUAAUAUUUACACAACAAUUCAACAAGGUCAAGAAAGUCGUUUUCAUUCAAUAUAAAAUAACAUUUGAAAACUUGCUAAAGAUUGUUGUCAUGUACAAAAAUAAACUUUCACGUGAAUCAGAGAUAUGUUUAAAUUUCCUAUCUCGAGACAUCAUGGGGAUAGUCUUUCAUAGACCCAACCAUCUUCCCCUUCAUGAAGAAGAAUUCCGUCUGGUUUGUCGUGAGGUUCUCUACGUCUGAACCUUAUUCUAUCAUGUAGACGAUCACUCUGACCUUGCCAGAACUCUAUGGAACGUGGAAUCACUUUGAACCCCCCCCUAAACAAAAAUACAAUGAAUGUUUGUGUGUUUGACUGAACCGCAUAAUCAAACUGGAUGCUGCACUCACCAACACUCUGGUCUCUUGACUUGUCCCUCAGUAUUUUGGGCCAAUAGUUCUCUUUCCUUCACCAUCAGCGUUUCUCUACCAGCAAUAACGCUGCUCUGCUUGCUAGCGUGUGCACCUA